AUGAUGAUAUCAGACCUUGCGGGAGAUUUGUUAGAAGAGAUACUCUGUCGCGUUCCAGUCACGUAUGUUAAACUUUUACGUUCUACUUGCAAAGGAUGGAACCGUUUGUUCAACGAUAGCAGAUUCAGAAGAAAUUUCUUGGAUAAAGCAGCAAAGCAGUUUCUGAUUCUCGACUUGAAGGAGUUUAGGCUUUGUUCGGUAAGCGUCAAUCUCCAUGGACAUCCAUCUACAGAGGUAAUAGGUAAGGUUGACCUAGAUGAUUCUCAAAUCAAUAUACAUCAAGCCUCUACCUGCGACGGCUUGUUAUUAUGCACUAUCAUAGACGACGACACUAGACGGAUCGUUGUUUGGAAUCCUUGUACUGGUCAGACCAAGUGGAUCCAACCAAGAUAUGGUAAGGCUACGACAGGCACCUAUACUCUUGGAUCAGGCAAAAAUAGCUACAAAGUAUUGCGAAGACUCUGUCAUGACCUCCUAGGAUUCGAAAUAUGUGAUGUUAGCUCUAAUUCAUGGAGGACGAUUGACGCUCCUCCUGGCUGCAAGUUAGACUUCAGGAGUGUGUCUCUGAAGGGGAAGACUUACUGGUUCGAUACUUCAGAGGAACACGUGUUCUUGGUCAGUUUUGAUUAUACAAGAGAAACAUUUGAACGUCUGUCUCUUGAUGCGUUUCAGAUUCCUCUCCUAGAAAAAAUUGCUCUGUCCGUUGUUAGAGAAGAGAAACUUUCCAUGUUACUACAACGCCCACCGACGUUGAAUUGUGAGAUAUGGGUAACAGAUAAGAUUGAUGAUGAUGAGACCAAAGCGCUGUCGUGGAUGAAGAUCUUUACAGUGGACUACCCUGAAGCUAUUCGUAGCACGCUUUUGAGUUAUUCUGUGGUCGACGAGGAGAAGAAAGCCGUCCUCAUUUGUUAUCAGAGAUUGGACCACCAGCCCAGGUACAAUAUUGAGCUAUCCACACGCGUUUACGUUGUUGGGGAGAAUUAUAGCCAACGCACAGAUUUUGGAGGACGUGUGUAUAGUUAUGUUCCAAGCUUCAUUCAAUUCCACUGA